UUAUCUGAUUAUUCUCUGUAUAAAAGUUAUUAAAGUUAUCAAAAAUUUUUUUCGCCAUGAAACGAAAAGUCCGGUUGAAUCUUAAGUUUUUUCGUCAACAGACGAAUCUUCGUUUUUCCGUCUUAUUUGUACUUUUACGUUAUUUGUAUUUUAUACCAUCUUUUUAUUUGUAUGACUUAAUUUUCCGGCGAUAUGUUGAUGACUUCAAAUUUUUUUAUUGUUUAUCUAUUGUUUGUUACCAUUAUUACAUUUGUUACCAUUAUUACAAUACUUAUUUUUGCUUGAUUUUAAAUAUUUUUUGUAUUGACUGAUGAGGACUUCGUAAAGUCGAAAGUUUCGAAAGUUUUUUUUUAUUAUUAUAUUGCGUUUUAGAGUUUAUUCGUUUAUUACAUUUUUUAUCUUUAUUAGUAGUCAAUUAUUUACAAUUUUUAUAGGGAUACUGUAUUGGCUCGUUUAUUAAUCUGUUUUUUUAUAUUUAUUGCUUUAUUAUAUUCUAUAUAUAUAUUUUUCAGAUAUUGAGGAACCAAUUAGAAUUCAAAUAUGCAGAACAAAAUUCCAAGUCUACUUCAUAUUCUAAAUAUAAGCAUCAUUAUCAAUUCAGUUUUUAUUAUUUAUACAAAUAGCCAGCGAUAUGAUACUCUUCAUGACAAUAAUAACAGAGGGCCAAUAUUGCCAAAUUUAUUAAAAUUCGCUGCAGGAAAUGUCAACUUUUUAAUUGAGAAUCAACAUUACUUGCAUCAAGAAUUACCGGAUACGACACCGCAGAAUGAAGACACGUAUGAUUUUAUAGUGAUCGGUGCUGGUACGGCCGGCGCAACCAUAGCCGCGAGACUGAGCGAGAUUUCUCACUUCAAGAUUCUACUGAUUGAAGCUGGUUUUCACGAGUCCCUCUUCAUGGAUAUUCCGCUGAUUGUUGGUAUUUCGCAGUGGGCUAAUAACAUUAACUGGAAUUAUCGAACCAAAUCGUCCAAUAAGUACUGUCGCGGUAUGAAAAACAAUAGUUGCUCUUAUCCGAGAGGAAAAGUGGUCGGUGGCAGCAGUGUGCUAAACUUCAUGAUAGCCAGCAGAGGUGUCGCCGAGGAUUACGAUCGUUGGGCUGAGAUGGGGAACGAAGGUUGGGCAUACAAGGACGUUCUCAAAUACUUUAAAAAGAUUGAAACAAUAGAUAUUCCGGAACUAAAAUCAGAUACCGUCUAUCAUGGUACGGAUGGACCAGUACACAUCACUUACCCGAUACAUCGUACUCCAAUGGUAGAAAGUUUCCUAAAAAGUUGUAAAGAACGGAAAUAUCCCAUAACAGAUUACAAUGGGAAAAACGAAAUAGGAUGCUCGUAUAUACAGGCUACAAUUAUAAAUGGUACACGCAUGAGUAGUAAUGUGGCAUAUUUGCAUCCCUUACACGAUCGUAAAAAUCUUCACUUGACUUUCCGAAGUACAGUGACAAAAGUGUUGAUCGACCGUAUCAUAAAUCGGGCAAUUGGCGUAGAGUUCGUAAAAAAUAAUAAAAUUAUACGUGUGCUUGCGAGGAAGGAAGUGAUUCUAUGUGCAGGUGCUAUCGGAUCACCACAAUUGUUAAUGCUAUCUGGCAUUGGACCAGCGAAACAUCUUACCGAACUGGGCAUAGACGUCGUGCAAGAUGCGCCAGUCGGCGAAAAUCUUAUGGAUCAUACAAAUUUUGUUGGACUAUCGUGGACAAUAAACACAACGACAAGCAUAAUACCACGUCAACAGUUUAACCCCAUUAAUCCGUAUAUAUCGGAUUUUUUAAUAAAGCGAACGGGGCCAUACACAAUUCCAAGCGGAUGCGAGGCUCUUGGUUUCAUCAAUACAAAACAAUCAGAAAAGCAUAACGGUCUACCGGAUAUAGAACUAUUAUUUUGUAGUAUAUUAUUGAAAAAUUUUCUUUCAGCAAUGACUUUAAAUCUUAAAGAUAAAAUAGUUCAGCAAUGGAAGUACAAUAACAGACAUGGUUGGAGCAUUCUAGUAAUACCUUUGAAACCAAAAAGUCGUGGCAAGAUAACGCUGUUGGAUAAUGAUGUUAAUGUCAAACCAGAAAUUGUGCCGAAUUAUUUCGACGAUCCAGACGAUAUUAAAACGAUGAUCGCCGGUAUUAGAACUGCGAUACGCAUUGGUCGCACGAAAGCAAUGCGGGAAUUUGAUUCUCAGUUGGUAAAUAUUACUUAUACGGAAUGCAACAACAACAGAUAUGAUUCUGAUGCUUAUUGGGAAUGUCAAAUAAGGAUGCUAUCUUCCACCCUCUACCAUCCGUGCGGCACUUGUAAAAUGGCACCCAUUGGAGAUCCAACUGCUGUCGUCGACCCUAAAUUAAAGGUAAUUGGUAUUCAAGGAUUACGUGUGGCAGAUGCGUCCAUUAUGCCCGAAAUUAUAUCGGGACACCUAAAUAUACCUACAUAUAUGAUUGCCGAAAAAGCGGCAGAUAUGAUCAGAGAAGAGUGGAAUUAUUUGGGAAAGUAAAAUCACAAAAACAAUCCUCGAGGACAAAAAAUGUUAAUUUAACUAAAUUUUUUAACUUGAUUAAAUUUUUUAAAUUCAACUAUUUAUGCAUUUAACUAGAUAUUUAUGUAUAUAUUUGACAAAAAAUGUGUGCGUGUGUAUCUGGCUAUAUAAUAUAUAUUCAUUGCUUUUUUUUAAAUUUUUCAUUCAAUCAUUCCUAUCUGGAGAAACUUUGACAUUUAUUUAUGAUGAAUUUCUAUAUUAAUUUAAUUUUUUCUAUAUUAAUUUAAUUUUUCCGGUGAUGAGGUUAGAUUUCAUAUCGAAGAGUUUUUUGAAAGUUUUAAUAUCGUGCCAAAAGUAUCGCAAUACUAUCAGUGUGAUCACAAAAGAAAAUUUUUCUCCGUAACAACUGUUGGUGAUAUAAAGUUACUCGAACGCAAUCGUUCGAGCACCUCUUCUCGCGCGGGAAAGCCUCGAAGAAUCAUUACAAACGUAGCGUAACAGCUCGCUCGAAAAUCGCUUCGAACUUUGAAGUAACAGUUCGUACUAUAUGCUAUAAGUUCCACAACGGCGUGUAACGCGUGGCAUUGCGAGGAAGGGCGGGAGGGAUGUGAAAGAUAUUUCUCUUUUACCUCGAGGCCCGCGACGAGAUUCAGUGAGAUACUUUCCUGUUUCGCGUUAUCCUCCCCGGCUUUCCGGGAAGAUUGCGAUUACUCCGCAAGACAGCGGAAUUUACGAAGUGCGUCAGGCAAUUUACAUGUACUUUACAGUUCCGCUAAACUCGCGCCGCGCUUGUAUACAACGUGAACGCGCGCGCGCGUAUAAUCGCGUGUAGAAGUGAUUUAAUGUCGGAAAACUGCGCGAGUGCAUCCAUGCAAGUACGGCUCUAACGUCGCCUGAGCGUAUCCACCGAAUGGAGUUGGGAUACUCUAGCGGCCAAGGAGCUCUCUAUGUGUUAGGAGCCCGAUGUGCUGCGUUGUUCUUACCGCGCGUUACCGCGGUCGAGAAGUGCGCCAAUAAUGUUCUUCUCCUCCACUCUCUCGGGCUACUUAAGAAAGGUAAAAUCUUAUUUCUUUCCGGUGGGAGAAGAGCGAGGCCGCGACAGCGCGCCAGAAGUUUCGACCGGGAUUCGCCCGGUGAACACCGAGCGCAUUUACAGUCAAUAUAUAUAGUAUGUGUAGCUGCGAAAGCCAUCGCUCGUUUCGCUCUAAUCAAUAGUUUAGAUUUAAUUUUGUCUCAAACUUCAGAUUUUAGACCAGAUUAAAUCAGAUUAGAUUUUAAAAUUGAGAGAUGAUAUAUAUAAUUGUGGCAGAUGUAUUUAAAUACUUUCCGAAGUACAAUCAGUGAAAAAUCAAUAAAGUCUAUGAAAAUACACUGAUUUUCAGUAAUAGACUUAUAACUUAUCAAUCAGUGAAAUAAAUUAAAUACUGAUCUUUCAGUGACAAUACACUAAUGUUAAAGGUAAAAUCGCUAAAAGAGUGAAUACUCAUUAUCACCGUUAUAAUUAAAUCUAUCCCUACAAAUCAGUGAUAAUACACUGACUGUCAUUUAAAGAGUACAUAUGUAAAUUUUCCUUUCACUCUUUUUUUUUGUAAAUAAUUAGCGGUUUAAAAUAUUUUCCAUCUGUUCGACAUUUAUCUAUUCGACAAGUGUUUUAUCAGAGUCGAGACGGUCAGCUAAUAUGUGGUCAGCUAAUAUUAUUUCAAUAACCUACAGUCUCGUCGGCAGCGGUGAAGAUGUCUGUAAAAGCGCAGACCUGAAAGCGCGCCGACGAUUUCACGUGCGGAAAUUGAACGACUGUGAUGUACUAAGUCGCGCAUGAAUACGUCGGAAAAGUACUGUCCAGCCGGAAGAAACCCUAUUUAAUUAUUACUGGAAAAUUCAUGAUCCGUCGUAGGAGACACGUGCGAUCGUGAGCUAAUUGAACAGGUCAGAGUAAAGAAAAAAAAAAAAA